CAAAAGAGAGCAAGAGGUUCCAGAGGAAUCGUAAGCCAUGAAGAUCAGACAUUUUGCCCUUCUGUGUACCCUCAUUAUAUUCUCUCAACUGCUACAAACUCACUGUGAAAAUCCAAAGGACAGGAAAAAUGUGAGGGCAGAUGCUGGAAAAGGUAGAAGGACAGAAGCUGCAUCUGAUAACCAAAAUGGAAGGAGUCAGAAAAACCGAGGAGCAAAAGGUUCCCAUAAAGGCAAGUUUACUACUAAAGAGAAGUCUGAGUGUACCUGGACACUAAAUGAGGCAGAGACUGCUACCUUGAAAAUAGAUUGUAAAAGCAAGGAAGAUACCUUCUCAUGUGAAUUUUCAGGUAAUCCUUCUACGUGUCCACAGUAUGCAAAAAACCAGAAGGCUUUCUGGAAGCAAAUUACUAGGUCUCUAAAGAAACAGAAGAACAUAUGUAAGGAUCCAAAGAGUAUCUUAAAAUCUAAACUCUGCAAGACAGGACCACCAACUGCUCACCUUAGGCUGGUAACACUAGCAUCACAAAAUCCAAAAGAAGAGAAGCCAAGUCAUCAUGCAAAGGAAGAUAGUCUGCCAGCAGAAAACAAGCCAGGGAAAGCAUCCAGUGACUGUGUUGAAGAAGAGGAUUAUAUUGACCAGAGAAAGGUGGCUGAAGAAUACUGUGGAGAGUCAUGGCUAUCUCUUUGCAACUUCUUUGUUGCAAUGAUUCAAGAUAAAAAAUGCAAUUAGAAAGGCAAGAAUUUGGCAAAGUUCCUUGAGUUCCUACAUACAAGGCUGUAUCUCGAACAGAACAAAGGAUUGUAAAUAGCACUUUAUUAAUGUGUCUGGUCAGCAACUAUUAUUCUUGGAAACUCAGUGUGAGGAGAAUGGGGAGAGUGAUUCUCUCUCAUUCUCAGAAUGAACUUUUGAGAAAUCCCAUUACAAUGAUGAUUGAUCUCACCCACACCCCCUUUUUCCACUAUGAAACAUUGUGGAAGUAGGGUGAGUCAUAAGAUGCAAUUCAAGAAGAAAGAAUUGACUGAGUGGCUCCCAGCUGUUGGUGUCUAGAUCUUAUCUAAGGGAAACUAUGAAAUGAGUAUUUAAAGGUCUUCUUGGACUUUCAUGUUGUUUUCCCUAGAAGACACUGUUUUUCAAGGCACAAAGAUGCAGUGAAUCAUACUCAUUUCACCAGCAGAGAUGAAAUGAUUUAUAUAAUGUGCAAAUGUUUUCCUUCGGAUGUUACAAACUCUCUUUGAAACAUAUAUAUGCAUUAUACUUUGUGGGACAUCCUUCUCUUCACAUGUGUAUUUCUUGCUGAAUUGAUCUCAGUGCUGUAUACUUUUUGAUACUUUUAAGUUUAGAAUAGCUAAAAAUAAAAGCAUAUGCCUUUUAAAGCUUUUUCCAUGUGUGCUAACCAUUUCUGUCUGUGUGGAAUUAUGGAUAUACUCUUAGUACUCCUAC